CAUGCGGAGCAGGGAGAGCUGCACUGCUGCACGAGACCGUCCACUGCAGAACACUGGGCUCGUGACUCAGAAACUCUCAGCGUUGAAAAUAAACCCAGAAGCUCGUGAAGCAGCGGGGUGGCCGCAGGUGAAGAGACAGCCUGUUGCAGAGUCCUGCCUUUGUCUCCCAUUGAGCCCUAAUCCCCUCUCUGUCUGUGAUGCCGGGCUGUGGGUGAGUCUAUGCCCGCAACCAGACUGAAGCUGGGGAAACUAAAGGUGGUGCGGCGGCAGCUGCUGCAAAGGUAUGAACACCAGCCCUUUGUCUCCUGCCUGGCUGGACUGUAUGGCUGCCAGUGGAGGAGAUACCAAAGAGCGCGGGCGCAGCCAGGAGAGUGCUGCUGCAGCAAGGUGGAGUGUGGCAGCUUUGGGCUCCUGAUCCUCACCUUCUUCCUGAGCUUUGUUUUCCUUUAUUUCUGGAGCGAAGCUCAGAAUGACUACAAUGACUUUGACUGGUUUAAUUUCGGGAACCUUGGCUUCUGGUUCCCCUGGUCUCUGGUCCUGCUGGUUGUUGCUGCGGCGCUCUUCACAUACAUUGCCCUGUUACUGGUGUUGGCAGUGUGUCUGCUGUCUGAAGGUCAGAGGCUCUAUCUUCACUGGAGCCACAAGACUGGCAUCAUGGUGACGCUGGUGUUUUCUGUCACCGCCACUGGCAUCCUGUCGGACCUCUGGAGCAAAGAAUGGAAAACUCUCCAACUGUCCCUGCAGGUGACGGCUCCUUUCCUCCAUGUGGCUGCAGUCUCUCUGAUGGCGGUUCUCUCCUGGCCGACUGCUUUGCACUUUUUCCGCAUGAGCAAGAGAGUUCGACAGGUUGUGGUCCUGGCCCUCUACCUGUCCGUGUUGUUCUCUCUCUACCUGGUUCCCCUGGGGAUGUACUCGCCCUGCAUUAAAGACGCAGGAACACUGGGACCAGCCCCUACGCUCAUCGGUCACAGAGGAGCUCCAAUGCUCGCUCCAGAAAAUACUUUAAUGUCUUUUGAAAAGGCAGUAGAAGCUGGAGGAGAAGGCCUAGAGACGGACGUCACAAUAAGCUAUGACGGCAUUCCCUUCCUGAUGCACGAUUCCACCCUGAGGAGGACCACUAAUGUCGCCGAGGUUUUCCCCAAUCGGACUCACCUGGACGCCUCCAUGUUCACCUGGGCCGAGCUACAGCAGCUGAACGCUGGCAGCUGGUUCUUAUCGAGGGAUCCAUUUGGUACUGCAUCGCUACUGUCGGAGUCAGAUCGCUCUCAGGCCCAAAACCAGUCUGUUCCCUCCUUGGCCCAGUUCCUGGAGGUAGCUGCUGCAAGCGGGAAACUGGUUCUGUUUGACCUGCGCAGGCCACCGUAUGGACAUCCUUAUAGGACGUCCUACAUCAACACAACUCUACAGGUCAUCCAAUCCCACAUCAACUCCUCACAGGUGCUGUGGCUGCCUUCAGAAGACAGGGAGCUGGUUUAUGGUCUGGACCCAGAGCUGCAGCAGACCUCUGGAGAAAAAGCCUCCAUUCAGGAACUAGCAGACGAUCACAUCAGGAGGCUGAACCUGCACUACAGCACCAUGUCACAGCAGCAGAUCUGUAAAUACCAGUCUGUGAACAUCAGCACCAACCUGUAUGUGAUCAGCCAGCCGUGGCUCUACACUCUGGCCUGGUGUGCUGGAGCUCAGUCUGUGACCACAAACUCCGUCCACAUCCUGUCCAGCAUCAACAAGCCCCUCUUCCUCAUGACUCCAGAGGAAUACACUCUGAUGUGGAUUCUUACUGAUUUUGUGUCUGCCUUCCUCAUCUUUGCAGUUUUUACAUUCCACUGGUGGAGAGAGAGAGGCCUGCCCUUCGUGUCCGGCAGCCGUCAGACUCAUGAGAACGGGCCUUACAGCAAAUUCAGGACCGAGCUGAGUGACGUUUGGUCCAUAUCCAGUGUGAAUGUCCGACCCGACCUGCGGAGCACACCCAGUUCUCCCAGUAGCCCCCACCUGCCUACCAUUACAGAGGAGUGAGGCGCGUGUGUUUGGGAUCAGACGGCCAACAAUUAUAUCUGAUACGGCGUUUAAAAUUUUUCUUUUCCAAUCAUGAACUAAAGCUGAAAAUAUGGAAGUAAAAAAAAAAGACCAGAAGAAGAAAGAAAAUCUCUUUCCACUUCUUGGUUAUCGCCUGGAUGACUGAACAGAUGGACCGGAGCUGGAGGACUGACUGCUUCCACAGAACAUCUAAUACGGCGCCGUGAGGUUCCUGUGAAGGAGAGAGACCGACAGGAGCAGGAACACAAUCGUUUCUGCUCGGGAAAAUAAGAUGAUCUCAGCUGUGGUGACGCCUGUAAAUAGAGAGCAGCAGCGAUUUCUAAUUUAAUAUAUUAUUAUGCACAAGCUUUGUCUCUUACUGUCAGCUGUAUGAAUGCAGUAGAUCAAUGCUUAAACCGUGUCUUUAAGGAAACCUUUUAGGUUUUAAUUAUGUUCCAUUUAAUGAAGUAAAAGUAGAAAACAUUGUGAAUUUCCCAAUUUAACUGCAGCUUGACGGUUUUGAAGAAUUUAAGCAUUUUAAACAAAAUGUCUGUUUCCUGGUCUACAUAGAUUUAAUCUUCUAUACAUUCCUUUUAUUUAUAUAAUGUGGAAACAUGAUUGCUUAUCUUGUGGCCUGCUUAACUAAGAUAUUUAUAAUAAUUACUUAGAAAACUAAAUGAUUAAAAUUAAUGUAUCUGUCAGGCUGAACAAUUUCAGUUUUAAUUUAAAAGUAAUGUUCUUCUCAUUAAUUCUAACAAUAUUAAAAAACCUGCACCGACUACAGGAAGAUUUUAAAUUAACACAUAAAGUGAGCCUAGCUGGUCUUCCACACAUAUUUAUCCGUUUUAGUGUGGAGACGCUGGUGAACAGAAUCAGCCGAUACUCGGCUCCGAUCUUUUUAUGAUUGGCAAAAUCAUAUCAGAGUUCUGCCACAUCAUCCUGUUAUCAGUAAGGAGUUUAAAAAUUAAAUCUGUUACUGUCUUUGCUUUGUAACUGACAUGUUGCGUAUAAACAGCAGCUGUCAACAGGAUGGCUCCUCAUAUUGAUGCAGAUAUGACCCACAAUCCAGUUUGAAUUAAAACUCAUCUACUAAAACAUCUGGCUGAUGGUGGAAAGGCGAAUAACCUGAAUGCUGCCGUAAAGAAGUAUUGACAGCUUUCCUUUUGGGGCAUCUGCACAAGAUUCACAGCGUCAGAAUGACAGAAGGUCUGAGGUGAAUGUAUGAUUGAGAGAGGCCUCCUUUCUCUACAGACUUUACAAACUUUUUUUUUUUCCCCACAGGACACCGAUAUGAUCCUCUAAACAAGGCACUAAGUGCUGCCUAGAAAAAAAUACUAAGU